CGCGCCAGCCGCUGACCCUUGAAUCAUAGCGGAUACGAAGUGCGGGCUCUGCGAGAUUUCCAUAGACCGUCACUUGCGGUCGGACUUCCACAAUGGCGUUGGCACCCAAAAGCGAGUCGCACCGGAUAUUCGAGAAGCUGAAGCGACGAGACCCAAACAAGAUCUGCUUUGACUGCGGUGGCAAGAACCCGACUUGGUCGUCUGUCCCGUUCGGCAUUUACCUCUGCCUCGACUGCUCAGCGCAUCAUCGAAACUUGGGUGUGCAUAUCUCCUUCGUCAGAUCCACCAACCUCGACCAGUGGCAAUGGGAUCAGUUACGACGCAUGAAGUGUGGUGGCAACGAGAGCGCGACCAAAUACUUCCAAUCACACGGCGGUAGCGCAGCUUUGAACAGCAAAGAUCCGAAGACCAAGUACACAAGCAAUGCGGCAAACAAGUACAAGGAGGAGCUGGCGCGGAGAGUGGAACAGGAUAUCAAAAAGUAUCCUGACGGAGUGGUCAUUGAAGAUACGGCGGAAGAAGCAGGCAGCGAUACCCACACUCCCGCUGGUGAGCCUGCAGAUGACUUCUUCUCGAGCUGGGACAAACCGGCCAUCAAGAGACCUUCCAACCCACCUUCACGCACCGGCACGCCUGCCAGUAUUGGCCGAACUGCCUCGCCUUUCCUCAACGCCAACCAGAAUGGCAAUGGUACGGCCCGGCCUAAGUCUCCUCUCAAGCCCGGCGAGGACGCCGCUCCAGCUCCCCCAGUCGCUUCUCGAGCCGUCUCUUCCACUCCCGUUCGAAAGACUGCUGUCGCCAGCAAGCCCAAAGCUAACAUUCUGGGAGCGAAAAAGACCAAGCUCGGCGCAAAGAAGGUCGACGCCAGUGCAUUGGACUUUGACGAGGCCGAGAAGAAGGCUCGAGAAGAGGAGGAAAGGAAAGCACGACUAGGAUAUGAUCCAGAUGAGGAGACAGCUUCAGAAACCCAGAGGAAUGCCGCACAGUCUUCCACUGCUGCUACAACUAUUCAUCAGCCAACACCGGUGAGCCAUGGCCGGGUAGGCAGCUUUGGUACCACAACCAAGCCACGCGAGAGGAGUGACAGCGAGAUGGAGAGGCUGGGCAUGGGUGUAAGAAGACUCGGGUUUGGACAAGUUGGUGGUGGAAAAGCACCCGCUGCCGCACCAAAGCCCAUUGCCUUUGGAAGCACGAGCAGAGCUGCACCCGUUGAAGACGACUCCGAACGCUUCGCACGCGAAAAAUUCGGAACACAAAAAGGCAUCUCUUCCGACGAAUUCUUCGGCCGCGGCACCUUCGACGCCAACGCUCAAGGCGAAGCCAAGCAACGUCUCCAGGGCUUCGAAGGUGCCACAUCCAUCUCUUCAAACGCCUAUUUCGGACGACCCGAAGAAGACGAAGCUGGUCCAGAAGGUUAUGGAGAUUUGGAAGGCGCGGCGAAAGAUUUCGUGCGCAAGUUUGGGGUACAGGCUGGUGAUGAUAUUGAGAAUUUGACGAGUAUGCUUGGUGAGGGGGCUGUGAAGCUGCAGGGUGCUAUUCGGAAUUAUUUGAAUGGAUAGGUGGGUGUGAGAGUGGGAGUGAGUGGUUGGGAAGGGCGGGUGGGUGCAGACUACGACAGCGUGUCUUUGAUGCUUUGAGUGUGCAUUCUUGCGAUGAGGAAGGGAAGUGGGCUAGACAGCGUUUCGUCGUUGGUAUUGUGAGCACAUGUAUGAGCGGAUUGAACUUUC